UGACUUACUACGAUACUGAGCGAGUUAAACGCAGUGCGCAAGGCGCCUGCGCACUGCUUGAAAACUCGAUAGCUGAUUCGCGAGAAUCGUUCUCCUUCAAGUUGGCUGCUCUGUCAGCUCUUUAUUCAUAGUGGCAACGGUUGAACAUUGUCAGCGUUUUCACUCUCACGGUUGACCGGUCUCAUUCGUAUUUCGGCGGUUAAGAAGGAAGAUAUUCUGUUACACUGAUCUGCCCGAUUUUCUCUCAAUAGGAAGACUUUCGUUCAUAUUCUUUUGCCAACAAUCAAGACCACGACGAAGGUGGACGUAGCUAUGGGAAAGGACGUGGUUUUAUAAUACCAAACAACAAUAAUGAUGACAAUUACAAUGUGGGCAAUAAAAAUUACAACCCUUUUGGAGGGAAUGAAGACAGUGAUGGCAAUAACUGGACAUACAAUGACAGUAACAAUGAUUUUAGAACAAAUGAUCGAAAAGGAGGGUGGGGAGGAGGGAAAAGCAGAGGAGGUAACAGUAGGGGAGGAGGAGGAAGAGAUAGGGAUAGUUUCAAGGGGGAAGGAAGAGGGAGGGAUAGCGGUAAGGGAGGAGGAUUUAGAAAUAGAAAUGGAGAUUCCGAUGAUAAUUGUAGUUAUAGAAGAAAUAAAGAUAACGACUACAACGACUACGAUGGCGAUGAUCUGAAUGACAGAAAUGAUAGAUGGAAAAGAAAUUUUAGUAGGAACGACAGCAACGACGACAUGGAAGAACCGCAGAAACCUAAAGAACACUAUAUUCCACCGGACUUGCCCACUGACGAGAAAAUGUUGUUUGAGAAUUGUGUCGAAAUGGGCAUCAAUUUCGAUAAGUAUGACUUCAUUGAAGUUAACGUGAGCGGAGAGAACGUACCUGAGCCGAUAGAAUGUUUCAAGGCAGCUGGUCUUAGAAACAUUGUUCUAGAGAACAUAAAAAAGUCGGGGUACACGAAAGCUACGCCAGUGCAGAAGCAUGCCCUUCCGAUUAUAAUGAGCGGUCGAGAUUUAAUGGCUUGUGCGCAGACAGGUUCAGGAAAGACUGCUGCGUUUGCGGUUCCCAUUAUAAGCAUGUUAUUAGAAAGGAAUGCCGAACUAGUUGUGACUUCUUCACACUGUGAACCGCAAGUUGUUGUAGUAUCGCCUACCCGAGAGCUUACUAUACAAAUAUGGCAGCAGAUUGUCAAAUUUUCACUUAACUCAAUAUUAAAGACUGUAGUUAUAUAUGGCGGAACAUCUGUCCAUCAUCAAAGGGGAAAGCUUUUCGCAGGUUGCCAUAUACUGGUGGCAACACCUGGGAGAUUAUUGGAUUUUGUAGAAAGAGGAAGAAUCAAGUUUUCUUCAUUGCAGUUCUUUGUCCUGGAUGAAGCCGAUCGUAUGUUGGACAUGGGAUUCUUACCCGACAUUGAGAAGAUUGUAGAUCACGAGACCAUGGUGCCACUGGGUGAAAGGCAAACGUUAAUGUUCUCUGCCACUUUCCCGGACGAAGUGCAACACUUGGCGAAGAGAUUUUUAAACAAUUAUUUAUUCCUGGCGGUUGGUAUAGUGGGUGGAGCUUGUUCCGAUGUCGAACAAAAUUUUUACGAAGUUGCCAGGAACAAGAAGAAAGAUUUGCUCAGAGAAAUCUUAGAAAGGGAAAACGACGCUGGUACAUUAGACGGUACUUUAGUGUUUGUUGAAAUGAAGAAGAAAGCGGACUUUAUUGCAGUUUUCUUAUCCGAGAAUAAUUACCCCACCACCAGCAUUCACGGCGACCGAUUACAACGACAAAGAGAAGAAGCACUGGCUGAUUUUAAAAGUGGUAGAAUGUCUGUUUUGGUAGCCACGGCUGUUGCCGCUAGAGGCUUAGACAUAAAAAACGUGUCGCACGUUAUAAACUACGAUUUGCCAAAGGGAAUCGACGAGUACGUCCAUCGAAUCGGUAGAACUGGUCGUGUAGGGAACCGAGGAAGGGCGACUUCUUUCUUCGAUCCUAACGACGAUGCACCGCUGCGAGGCGAUCUCGUUAGAAUAUUGAAGCAGGCGGGACAAUCUAUUCCAGACUGGAUGAUGGGUGGAAACUCGAGUAGAAACUUUAUGCCAGGGAAAGGCACAAGCAAAUUCGGCGGCGCGGAUGUUAGAGGGCUUGAAGCGACCGAAGAUGAAUAUGGCGAAGAAGCAUUUAUGCCAUCCAAAGCAACUGAGCCAGAAGAAGAGUGGUAGGAAGUCGUGUUUGGUUUUUUUUUUUUUCUUUU